AUCCCUUAGAAUCCACAAACAAUCGAAACUAAACGAAUGAAUAAGAUUCACAAUCACAAUGUCAUGUACACUAAUAAACUUCAAAAUAACAUGUGGCCCCACCUCAGAAACCAGAGGAAAUGCGAGUGUUCGAAAGCAAGUUCUGGAAAAACUCGACAAUGAAUUAGCCAAAGGCGAUGAAAGAGCCGCUCUUUCUCUUGUCAAGCAGUCCCUUACCCAACCUGGUGCCCUCCGUUGCUUCGGCGCUGCUCGCCAGGUGCCUCAGAGACUCUAUACUUUGGAUGAAUUGAAGCUGAAUGGAAUUGAAGCUGCUUCUCUCUUAUCACCUGUGGAUACGACUCUUGGUUCAAUUGAAAGGAACCUGCAGAUUGCUGCUGUUUUAGGUGGUGUUGCUGCUUGGAACGCCUUUGAACUUAACCCCCAGCAACUCUUUUACAUCUCUUUGGGAUUGUUAUUCUUCUGGACAUUGGACUUGAUUUCUUUUGGUGGAGGAAUUGCCGGUUUGGCUCUUGAUACAAUUGGUCAUACCAUCAGUCAAAAGUACCACAACCGGGUUAUUCAACAUGAAGCUGGGCACUUUUUAAUUGCCUAUUUGCUUGGCAUCCUUCCAAAGAGUUAUACUCUUUCGAGUUUAGAAGCUUUGAGCAAAGAAGGGUCUCUCAAUGUUCAAGCAGGAACAAAUUUUGUUGACUUUGAGUUCGUCGAAGAAACCAACGCAGGGAAAAUGUCAUCUACGAUGCUGAACAGAUUCUCAUGUAUAGCAUUGGCUGGUGUAGCAACAGAGUACUUAUUAUACGGAUAUGCUGAAGGAGGUUUAGCUGAUAUUAACAAGUUGGAUGGCUUGCUCAAGAGCUUGGGGUUCACACAGAAGAAAGCGGAUUCACAGUUGAGGUGGGCAGUCUUGAAUACUAUCCUUCUCUUACGCCGCCAUGAAGAAGCUCGAGCAAAACUUGCUGAUGCCAUGUCUAAGGGGAUGUCUGUUGGCUCUUGCAUCAAUGUUAUCGAGGAAGCUGUUGAUGAUGAAGACUUGGCCCAAAAUCAGUGACUUUGUGCGUACUUUGUGGCUCUAAGAUUUGGCAUACACUUGGAAAUUGCGGGUUGCAUGCAGUUACAUUAGCAUUCUUCAUGCCCAGCAAAUUCUUUCCUGUGAAUUGUAAUGGUAUUUUCAUUAAAACUUAUCAUAUGAUAUAUUUUCCUCUCUAACAUAUAAAAAGAAAAUUGUUGUCAUCAAAAAGCAUACACACUUUCUUCAUUUUCUCUUCCCCUCAUCAUUGAUGAAUCAAUCUUAUUUGGUAGUUAGUUCAUGUUUCAUCACUUACUCUCCUAAAUACAUGAUAGAGCUCUUGCCAUGUCUCUCAUUUUAUAUAUUCAUAUUUCCCAUUG